AUGGCGGGCCCGAUCCACACCUACGGUCCGAGUUGCCUACUUGUGGAUGAAGAGCAGGACCUCGCCAAAUUUCAUUCGCUCCCAUCACCACCAGAGAUCCGGUCACAGUUCUUCUAUAUCUCAUCAUUGCCGAUCGAUGAUCCACUGGCUCCCCUGCCUCCGCCUGCAAGCCAGGCGACCGGGAAUGAGAGACUUCCUCCUACACCAUUCUCAGCCAGGGAUAGCAUCGCCUUAGAGGAAGCUUGGUGUGAUCUACGUGAAGCAAGAAAAACUAAAUUUAAUAGGGAACCUAGAUCCAGACCAACUACAUCCGCAGGGCUUCCUGGGAUAGCUGUGCCUGGUCAUGAAUCAGUUUCAAAUGUCGAACUCCCAAAGGCAGCCAACCAAGAGAAUCCCUCCUUGGUUGGCAGUAGAGAAAGCACUCUGAGCAACCCUCCGUCGUUCCCGGACGGCCUGCCCUCUCGCAGCCACAAAAGUCACCUUACCGUUGCUACCGGUAGUGCUGAAAUACGAACCCGUGAACUCGGCAAGGAAAAUCGCGGGAGCUCCCCAAUGGCUGAUGGGUUUAAACAUGAUACUCCGAGAGCAAUUGCGAUCGACCGGAAGAGAGCGCGCUCGUCUUCGAUCAAUGAGUCCAGUGCAGCCAAACGAAGAAGCAGCCCUCCAUUGGGUGCCGGGAACGUGGGUGAAGGCGACGAGGAGAUUGGAAGUCUACGAGCUGAUCAUUCUCAUGGUGCGAGUAUGAGUGGCUCUCCUUUUAUACGGGCGCCGGAAUCUCAGCCUCAGACGCCGCUUGGUCACUCAUUUGAGUCAUCUUCGUCAAAAGAAGGAGGCGGAUGGCAGGCGGAGCUCCGAACCAGUACUGCUGCUCGAAAUUCCGCGAAACAUUCGGGUCUCAGAACGACUGUGAGCCUGGAUCAAUUGACCCAGGACUCGCAGAGGGAAGUGACAGAGGAGCCAAACACACAGUUAAAGAUUCCAGUCGGUGUCUCACGGCUUCAUCUGGUCGAAUUACCGAAUCUCAAGAUGAAACCUAUCUACUGGAGACCUCUUCAGGACAUAUCAACUGUGGUCCGAGCUACUUGGUUCUACAAGAAUACCAUGUUGCCCGUUGAAACUGAACUUGCGAACAAAUUGGAGGAAGGCUACGUUUACUUAAAACCAUGGAGCGACACUUGGCAAGAUGAACUGAAUAGUUGCGUGGAAAACGGGGCAGAUGCUGAGUUGAAAAUUGUUCACCCGCUGUGGACAAAACAAGACAGUCAGCCUACAACUGCACAUUCAGCUCCGGAUGAAGCAGAGGAUCCAUUGAGAUUCGACAAGAAUCGAGCUGCUGGCGGCACCUCUGUUCAAUCGGAGAGUAUCAAGUCAUACCUCACAUCUAGUGCUAUCUACGUCGAUGCCAUAAAUGCCCAAGUACUUCGGCCCAGCUUACUUCCCUCAGUGUCGAGGGGACGACGACCACUUAGUGCAAUAAGGAAAGGCCGCCACAUAGGCAUACCUGUGAUUCGUGGUUUUAGUCGAAAAUUAUGGGAACAACUGCACCCAUCAAAGGCCAAUCCUAUCGAUGUGCGCCAUUACAUCCGCAAGACCCAGUUGAAAAGUCCUUCUACGCGAGGUGAGCAAAUAUGCUAUGCAUGCAAGAUGGAAGAAUCGCGACCGCCUCCAACAGACCUAGUUCUCGUUAUCCACGGCAUCGGGCAAAAGUUAUCGGAGAGGAUGGAAAGCUUCCAUUUCACCCAUGCCAUCAAUGCGUUUCGGCGAGAGGUGAACAUGGAACUUAAUAAUGAACCUGUCUGGCCGCAUGUGCGCCAGGAUCAUGGGGGAAUCAUGGUUCUUCCAGUGAAUUGGCGCAUCAACUUGUCAUUGGAUGAACCCGAUGUUGAAGCGGCCAUCGAAGAUCCAGCUAGCAACAAUUUUUCUCUUGCAGAUAUAACACCCCAAACCCUUCCUGCUAUACGAUCCCUGAUCAGCGACGUGAUGCUUGAUAUCCCUUACUAUCUAUCACACCACAAGCCGAAGAUGGUCAAGGCAGUGAUCAGAGAAGCGAACCGUGUGUAUCGCCUCUGGUGUAAAAACAAUGCAGGGUUCCAAGACCAUGGCCACGUGCAUCUCAUUGCUCAUUCGCUCGGAAGCGUGAUGGCCGUAGACAUUCUCAGCCAGCAACCAACACAUGUUCCUCGGUUUGACUUUUCCAAUACAGCUUUACACAGUGACAUUUUCGAGUUUGAUACUAGGCAUCUCUUCCUCUGUGGAAGCCCAGUCGGCUUCUUUCUGCUUCUCAAUAAGGCUAGCCUUCUCCCCCGAAAAGGCAGAGAUAAACCAGGCGGCGAAGGUGAUGACUUACUUAGAGGCAUUGCCGGUGAAGCGGGUAGAUAUGGCUGUCUGGCAGUAGACAAUCUCUACAAUAUCAUGCACACAACUGACCCAAUCGCGUACCGAGUUAAUGCAACAGUAGACUCAGACCUCUCUAACUCCCUCAAAAUGGGUUCUAUCCCCAGCUCCACCUCUACCUUCUGGCAAUCAUUCGGAAGUGUCUUCCGCUGGAGCUCAACCCAGUCAACAUUAUUGCCCUCUACAGCCUCUACCCGCCCCGCGACAAUCUCUAAGCUCCCGUCCAAUGUCGAGCUCGAAACCCACGACUUCACUCGCGAAGAGAUCGCUGAAAAACGUAUGCUUCUGCUCAACGACAACGGCCAAAUUGAUUAUUAUCUCUCGGGUGGUGGUGGCCCAUUGAAUAUCCAGUACCUCAAUAUGUUGAGUGCACAUAGCAGUUACUGGACAUUGGGUGAUUUCGUGCGGUUCGUAGUUGUGGAGAUUGCGAGAAAGCAGGGGAGAGACGGGACGCUGCUUGCAUUUCGGGCUGAGAAGAAGAAGGGAUGGAGGUAUUCAAAGGGGUAA